AUGGCUUCCGACGAUGUGGUGGCCCAGUUCACCGAGAUUACCGGCUCUACGCCCGAGUUGGCGACUCAGUACCUGUCGCUUGCCGACUUCCAAAUCGAACAGGCUAUGCAGCUCUACUUCGAGAACGGAGGUGCACCAUUAACCGAAGAACCUGCCCAACCUCGCCGGUCUAAUUUCGAUGAUGAAUCUGGGGUCGUUCAUAUCGACUCUGACGACGAAGAAACUGGGCCCGCUCAGCCCCGCCCCGCACAACCGCCUGUGGAGUCAUAUUUUGAGGAUGAUGCCGCCAUGGCUCGCCGUCUCCAAGAAGAAGCUUACGGAGGCGGCGGCGCCGGAGGAGGCGCACAGGACAACGAGGACGAUGUCCGGGCGCCCAUGGCACGCACAACGGAAACGUUGGUGGGGCCAGAGAUGGAUUUUGGCGGCGAGGAUGACAUGCAUGCUAAUAUUCUCAGCCAGUUGCGCUCUCGUCAACGAGGCGGUCGACCUGGCAUCUUCAAUCAGAGAGACACCUCAUCGAUAUGGGCUGGCGGAUCGCAAGAAAGGCACGAUGAACAACUCUCCGUGGCAACUGGCGGCGCAUCCGAGGCAUCCUCCAAGUCCAACAUGCUUGCUGAAAUGUACCGACCCCCGUUCGAGAUCAUGUCCCGAUUGCCUUGGGAUGGCGCUCGUGAUGAAGGAAAGGACAAUGAGAAAUGGUUGCUGGUCAACAUUCAGGACUCGUCUGUUUUCGAUUGCCAAAUUCUCAACCGAGACCUGUGGAAGGACAAGAGCGUUCAGGAGACCGUGAAGGAACAUUUUAUCUUCUUGCAGUUUUCGAAGGAUGACCCCCGAGCUGCCACAUACCUCAAUUACUACUUUCAAGCCAGCGAUGUCGCCGAUAACUACCCCCACAUUGCUAUCGUCGACCCUCGCACCGGUGAACAAAUGAAGGUCUGGUCUGGCCCGCCUGUGGUGAAACCAUCCGAUUUCCUCAUGCAGAUUCACGAAUUCUUGGACCGCUACAGCUUGAAGCACAAUGUGCGCAAUCCUGUGGCUAAGAGGAAGUCGGAGAAGAAGGACAAGGAAUUUGGUGCAAUGACCGAGGAGGAGAUGAUGGAGAUCGCCAUGAGGAACAGUCUUGGGGACGGGACAUCUGCGGGCCCGAAGCUGGAAGACCCCGAUGACCUUACUCGGAGCAUGGACGAUGUCAAGGGCAAAGGCCGCGCGAUUUCCGACGAUGACGAUGAUAUGAGUGGAACAGAGAAAGGCGCCGAGCCAGCUGAAGCUUCUCCGUUCGCCGCCAUCCCCGACAACAAGCCGCACACCGAACCCGCCGCGGACCCAGCUACCACCACCCGUAUUCAAUUCCGCCAUCCUUCUGGUCGUGUUAUUCGUCGAUUUGCACUUUCCGACUCUGUCCAGCGAAUCUACGAGUGGCUCAAGGCUGAGCCACCGCUGGAGGACAAGGCUGGGGUGGAGUUUGAUCUGAAUGCUAUGGGACAGAACUUAAUAGAGCACCUUACGACAAGCAUCGAGGACGCAGGCCUGAAGAAUGGCACCGUCAUGAUUGGCUAUCAUGAAGAUUAA